AUGGAUGCUAGAUCCCACAAUCUGGGUUUUGCUUCUAACCCUGUAUCUAAUGCAUUCAAGAAUCCGAGCAAUUUCAUCCAAAAUGGAGGAUCAGGAACUGGAGGUGUUUGCUAUGCUGAUAGAACCUUACGACUUGAUUCGCCUGCUUUUCCGCUCCCUUUGACAUCUGCUCCUAAGGGAAUGAAACGGAAAUGGAGCCUGAUAAAGGGAUCUGUGGACCAGGAUAUGGGAUCUUCAUUAUGUCUCCUCCUGGGCCAUUCAUCCAGUUCUUCGGACAGUAAAGGCAGCACAGUGACUGCAUGCACUUCAUUAUCUUCAGCUAAAGAAACUGAAGGAGAGUCCACAACGGAUGUAGAACUGGAUUUCACUCUCCAUCUUGGCUGUGAGAAGUCACAAAACCCAAAACUGUCAGCCGGCCCCUCUUUGAAAUCGCUUGAUGCAUGCCCUAAGGUUGAUUUGGAGCUCAGCCUUUCCAGUGGACCUGCUGAAUCUGAUAUCACAAAUAUUCCUCAAAGCUCCACUGCAUCAAAAAAUAUUCUCAAGGUUCCAAUUAGCGAUGGAGCUUUAAACAUACAUAAAGGAUCAACAGGAAGUCCUUUUUGUCCAUUGCAGACUACACUGGACAUGGAAACCAACUAUCUUCUCACCAAGGCUCUAGGGCAAACCAAGCCAGCAAAAAUCUUAAAAGAUAUCUCCUCAAGUGUCAUAACAACACCAAAAAGCUCAGUCACCUGUUCUUCCGGGACAACACAGCAACAACAGCAGCAGCGUAGUAGUAGUUCUAAACAGUGUCAGUUUCAGGGAUGUUUGAAGGGAGCAAGAGGUGCUUCUGGUCUUUGUAUAGCUCAUGGUGGUGGUCGAAGGUGUCAGCGCCCUGGUUGCCAUAAAGGAGCUGAGGGUCGUACUGCAUUCUGCAAGGCUCAUGGUGGUGGUCGACGUUGCGAAUUUUUAGGAUGUACAAAAAGUGCAGAAGGACGUACGGACUUUUGCAUAGCUCAUGGUGGUGGCCGUCGCUGCAGCCAUGAGGAUUGUACUCGUGCAGCCAGAGGGAAAUCUGGGUUAUGCAUUCGACAUGGCGGUGGCAAGAGAUGCCAGAGAGAGAACUGCACAAAGAGUGCCGAAGGCCUUUCUGGCCUUUGCAUAUCACAUGGAGGUGGCCGCCGAUGUCAGUACCCAGAAUGCACUAAAGGGGCUCAGGGAAGCACAAUGUUUUGCAAGGCUCAUGGUGGUGGCAAACGCUGCACAUAUUUAGGGUGCAACAAGGGUGCAGAAGGAAGCACUCGUUUCUGCAAGGGCCACGGUGGAGGGAAGCGCUGUUCAUUCCAAGGUGAGGUUUGCCCAAAGAGUGUACAUGGAGGGACACUUUUCUGUGUAGCACAUGGGGGCGGAAAGAGGUGUGCUGUUCCAGAUUGCACAAAGAGUGCUAGGGGGCGUACCGACUUUUGUGUCCGUCAUGGUGGUGGUAAGAGGUGUAAAUUCGAAGGGUGUGAAAAAAGUGCUCAAGGCAGCACUGAUUUCUGCAAGUCCCAUGGUGGAGGGAAGAGAUGCUGUUGGGGCCAGCCUGGUACUGAAUUUGGAAAAAGUGACAGUCCUUGUAACUCAUUUGCCAGGGGGAAGACUGGACUCUGCACAUCUCAUGGUGCCCUGGUUAAGGACAAGUGGGUUAACAGUGGUGCCAGUAUAGGAUCUGUCUUCCAGGAGUCCAAGUCCAACCAACUUGCUAAGAUGGAUGUCAUUUUAGCUGCUGAGGAUGAGUGUGUUGAAAUCACAAAGAUCGAAAAUAGUGCUGCGACGUCCGCCAACUGUUGGAAUUACUAUGCUCUCCAGAAAGAUCAUCUGCAUAUUGGAGGCGGCUCAUCUCUGGGUACAAUCCCAGAAGGAAGGGUGCAUGGAGGAAACUUGAUGGCAAUGUUUGUGGGCAGUUCUGGUAUCAACUUCACUGGCCGUAGAGACAUGGUCGGUCCAUCCGAGCCAGCAAAAAAUCUUUCAGGACACAUCAGACCAUGA